GUUUUAAAUCGCGGAAGUGUUGCCACUGUGUUGUGUUUUGUGCAGUGCGUGCACAAAUACUUAUUAUAUUUUUCAAGUAUUUUCAUCGUAGGACGGCGUUUUAACAGGAUAGGAAAGCCUAAACAGACAGAAAAUGGAGGACGAUGCUCCUGUUAUUUAUGGUCUCGAAUUUCAGGCACGGGCACUCACAGCCCAGACAGCUGAAACUGAUGCCAUUCGUUUCCUCGUGGGCACUCAGUCACUGAAAUUUGAUAACCAGAUCCACAUCAUUGACUUUGAUGAUGAGAAUAACAUCAUUAAUAAGAAUGUCCUUCUGCACCAAGCUGGGGAGAUAUGGCACAUUGGCGCCAGUCCUGCAGAUAAGGCUGUGCUUACCACCUGCUAUAACAAAACCAGUGACAGCAGGGUGGUUUCCUGUGCAGCAGUAUGGCGGAUGCCCUCUGACUGGGAGACAGGUAGCCAUGAGUCACCUGACGACACCGCCCACAACCCCCAAAUCCUGGAGCUGCUAUGUCACCUAGACAACAGUGCCCACGGCAACGCCGCCUGUGUGCUUUGGGAACCCAUGGGAGAUGGCAAACGUGUGAUUUCAUUGGCUGAUAACCACGCACUACUCUGGGACCUGCAGGAGAGCUCCACACAGGCCACA